AUGCUUCUCAUCAAACAGCAAGCAACGCGAUCAGUGUCGUUGAAAGAGUCUGUUCCUCUAAAACAAAUUCAUGUCAACGCACGUCUUCGUUCAUUUGCUGCCGAUGUAACACUAACGCAAGUAUUUCAAAAUGAUGAAUCUGUGCCAAUCGAAGCUGUAUACUGUUUUCCUGUGGAAGAGAAUGCAGCUGUCUAUGCAUUUGUUGCUCGUAUAGACAAUGAACGUGAGAUUGUUGCUGAACUCAAGGAAAAGAAGACAGCACAGAAAGAAUACACAGAAGCUCUCGCACAAGGACAUGGUGCAUAUCUAUUCGAGCAAGAUGAAGCUUCAAAUGAUAUAUUCGUUGUCAGUGUAGGAGCGUUACAGCCAGGAAGCGAAUGUUGCAUUACAAUUAGUUAUGUAAGCGAACUUGAUCUUUUACAUUUUGAUGAGAAACCAACGAUUCGCUUCGUUAUUCCUACAACAAUUGCACCGCGUUACUCACCAGCAGAAACAGGUAUUACAUCACCUUGUAGAACUCAAGCGAACUAUGUUCAGUCAGCUCCAUACACGAUCGAGUUCACUUGUCAAGUUGAUAAACUCGAUCAGCAUGUCGUCUGUAUCUCAUCACCUUCACAUCCAAUCAUGGUCGAUUUGAACAAUGAAGAUUUUUUUCUUGUGACAUUUAGUCAAAAAACAGCGCAGCUUGAGUAA